AUGGAAGAGAGUUCAGAUACCUGCAUCAGAGCUCUACCUGUGUUUUACUCUGUCAGGUACAGAGGAGCUCAGAUCCAGCUCUGGGCUCGAGGCUCAUGCUGUCUGACCGGGCGCUACCUGCCAGGGACGGCCGCUCAGGUUCGAUCCUACAGCGCUGAGCCGCCAUCUCCACCUCCUCCACCCACUAAACCCUCGCUUGAUCAGAAGGGUGCUGCUGAGGCGGUGAAAGAACGCACCCUGUCUGCCCUGCAGCAUGCAGGAGAGCUGGGCCGGCAGUGGAGUCAGAGGUCGGCGCAGACCGCCACCGCCACUAUGAACUACUGGUGGGGGAGAUACGAGGAGUUUGUUGGGCUCAAUGAGGUCCGCGAGGCUCAAACCAAAGUCACCGAGGCGGAAUCCGCGUUCAUGGUGGCCAGAGGGAUUGUCCGUGAGGCGCACACCAGCCUGGAGGACCUGCAGGGCCGGCUGAAGGAGGUCAGGGACCGGCUGGACAGAGUCUCCAGGGAGGAGGCUCACUACCUGGAGCUGGCCACCAUGGAGCACAAGCUGCUGCAGGAGGAACGCCGUCUCCGGACUGCCUACGAGAGCGCAGAGAGUUUGGAGAGGGAAAAGUUUGCCUUGUUUUCGGCGGCGGUUCGAGAGAGCCACGAGAAGGAGAGGACGAGAGCGGAGCGCACCAAGAACUGGUCCAUCAUCGGCUCUGUGCUCGGUGCACUGAUCGGGGUCAUGGGGUCAACGUACAUCAACCGGGUCCGCCUGCAGGAGUUGAAGAAUCUUCUUCUGGAGGCUCAGAAAGGUCCAGAAAGCCUCCAGGAGGCCCUUAAAGUCCAGGCUGUGAACCAUCGCUCCCAGCAGGACGAGCUGCGGCUGCUCAUCGACAGCCUCCGGCUCACUCUGGCUGACGCCUUCACACAGAGGAAGGGCGCCCCCCAGAGGACAGAAGAGCCAACUUCAGCUCCACCUUCUCUUUCUGCCUUACAGGACCUUCGGGUCCACAACCGGAAGAUGGAGUCUGUGCUGGAGACCCUGCCGGCCCAGCUGGGGCGGCUCCAGCAGGGCGUCGGUAAAGUCGAGGGCGAGCUGCUGACGGUGAGGAAGCUGCUGGAGACGGAACCACAGACCGCAGCGCUGACCCGAACACCAGCCGGCAGCCCGCAGAGAGCAGAACCAGAGGAGCGGCGGGGGUCUGAGGCGGUGCUGGCAGGGCUGGAGGACACCAAGAGGACGCUGGGAGAAAGAAUCCGGAUAAACACGGCUUAUAACGCCGUGUUCGCCUACACCGCCGCCGCCGUUACCGUCUCUGCUGUGUACCUGCUGCUCAGAGGAACGGGUUGAACUGGACCAGAACAAAACACGGUGGAUUAACUCUAAAUGCAGAAUAAUCUCUACCUCCCUGCUGACAAACACUAAAAAGCAGUUACCCUGGACACGCCUCACUUUUAAUCCCUUAAUUAUUUUGGUUUUCUCUGAAAGUUUUAGGAAACCAACUGUAUGGGAUCGGUUCGUUCCCAGUUAAUCGAAGGAAAUGUUUGACUCAGAUUUUAAAUCAUCAGGAUUUGCAGUCAAAUGAAUAAUCUCCUCAAUAAAUCCUCUACAGGGACCCAGUGGUGUUUAUGCUCACUUUAAAACUUGUAUUUGUUCAUUACUGUCUGCAGUAGAACCUCUGAGAUCCUGGAGUACUUGAACAUAUCUCUGUGUGUGCUGGUAACGCCUCUUUAUUAAAAGGUCGACUGGGAAACUUUGUCUCCUUUCUUUCAACACUACACUAGUAGCCAUUCAAAAUUGCACUUCCAAAAUUCACCACUGUUUGGCGUCAUUUUC